ACUCAUAAAGAUGGCAGUCAAUCCUCUGCAUUUGUAGAUUUAGUUUAUCCACCGUCUUUUGCAUUUACAGAAUGAUCUCUUGAUUCGAAAAACAUUUCUUAUAUUCAAUUCAUUAAUUCAAACGCUACUGAUUACGGCGUAAGAAAUGUCACUAGCUGGUGUUACUUUCUAGUAAUAAAGAGGUUGGAAUGUGUACGAAUAGGGAGAAAAAGAAUGGUCUCUCGCAAUCAUCGGUCGGGGAGUCUCGAAUCGGUCCGUAGGCGUCAUCAUGGUGUGUGGGCCGGAGCGUUUUUGAGAGUCGACGAGCUUGUUUUGAACCGAUAAGAAGCGUAGGCAUUUUCGUUAUUACGGUGAUGGUUUCGCGGGAGAAUGCGUGCUCGUCCUACGGAAUCGCUAUGGGGAAAAUCGUCGCCGAUACGCGACGAGCAAUCGCGAAAUAAGUAUUAAAAACGAAAUGAUACAAGGAGCGCGUACGAUGUCGCGCUCGGAACAAGCUUUUAUUGUACGUCGUCUCGUGUGGAAGUGUGACUGGACCACCGUUUUGUUAUCGAUAUUAUGUGUGAUCCCGUCGAACCCUACGAGUGCCGAAUUAUAUGGUGGCAAGGAUAAUCAGUGUCCUGUAGAGUGUGCAUGCCUCGGGAAUGUGGUCGACUGCAGCAGCUUACAAUUGAUCGGAGCACCCAGCGGUCUACCACCAUGGACAGAAAUCUUGGAAUUGAAGGAGAACAAUAUUACUAGUUUAGAAUUGGAUGCACUGAUACAUUUAACUAAGCUCAAAGAAUUGGACCUCAGCACAAAUAAGUUUGGAGAUAAUUUUACAAUUACAUUAUCGGAAAAUACACAAUUACAAGGACUUAAAAUAAAUAGGAAUCGACUAACACAAGUGCCAGAUUUAUUUUUCGUUAAAACUUUAACACAUCUUGCCUUAGCUCAUAACUUAAUUAGUGAUAUAAAUGGAACUGCGUUACUGAGUUUACAGCAGUUACAGAGCUUGGAUCUCAGUGGAAAUAAAAUAAGUGUCAGUAAAUAUGGUUCCUUCCGUGCUCCAAAUUGCCUUACACAUUUAAAUUUAAAUAUGAAUCAACUGAGGAUGAUUGAAAAUGGAAGUUUAGAUAAUUUGACUUCUUUAGAAGAAUUACGUUUGAAUAAAAAUCAUUUGACACAAUUGAAAGAUCUAUUUACAAAUCUGAAAACACUGAGAAUACUUGAAUUAAAUCGAAACGAGCUACAAACAAUUCAAGGGCUUAGCUUUAAAGGUUUAAAUAGUCUGAAAGAAUUACGCUUAAAGAGAAACAAAAUAGACACGCUAGAAGAUGGCGCAUUCUGGCCAUUAAAAAAUUUAACGAUGCUGCAACUUGAUUUCAAUUUUCUAACUACCGUUAGAAAAGGUAGCAUGUUUGGAUUAGAACAUUUACAAACAUUAACACUCUCACACAACCGAAUAAGAACGAUCGAAACGCAAGCUUGGGAUUUAAGCAAGGAAAUCGUAGAAUUAGAUCUGUCAUACAAUGAAAUAUCUUCGAUCGAACAAGGCACGUUCGAGUCUCUGGAAAAAUUGGAGAAACUUAAAAUGGACCAUAAUCAAAUUACAGUAAUUUCAGAUGGUGCAUUCAGUUCCACGCCCAACUUACAAAUUCUGGAACUCAAUUUUAAUAAUAUAUCCUAUGUGGUGGAAGAUACUAACAGUGCUUUUGGUCCCUUGGGACAGUUGUGGAAACUGGGACUAGCACAUAAUGGAAUAAAGUCAAUAAAUAAGAAAGCGUUUACCGGAUUAAGUGGCGUAACUGAAUUAGAUUUAACAGGAAAUGAUGUUACAAACAUUCAAGAAAAUGCUUUUAUUAAUAUGACCAGUUUAAAAAAACUCAGAAUGAAUUCAAGAGCCUUAGUUUGCGAUUGCGGUUUACAGUGGUUAAGUAUGUGGUUACGAGAUCACAGAUAUAGUGACGCAGAAGUGUACUGUGGAUAUCCUGAUUGGUUGCAGGGUAUGUCGUUAAUGCAACUCCAUCAUAAAAAUUUUACAUGCGACGAGUAUCCUAAACCAAGAAUAAUCGAAGAGCCCAAGAGUCAUAUAGGCAUUAAGGGAGAUAAUGUGACGUUGACUUGUCGAGCUACAAGUACUGCCAAUGCGCCUUUGCAUUUCACUUGGAAACGUGACAAUUUCAAACUGGAAAGUGGCAAUAUAAAAAUAAACGUAAGCAGUGGUGUAACAGAGGCAUCUUCCACUUUACACUUAACAAACGUUACACACGCAGACGCUGGGAAAUAUCAGUGCAUAGUUACAAACACGUAUGGGACAACUUACUCCGCGAAAGCGAAACUAAGCAUUUUAAUUUAUCCGUCGUUUUCAAAAAUUCCACAUGACAUCCGCGUAACCGCUGGAAGCACUGCUCGGCUUGUGUGUUCUGCGGAAGGACAGCCGUCACCGCAGAUAGCUUGGCAAAAAGAUGGAGGAAAUGACUUUCCAGCGGCAAGAGAGAGAAGAAUGCACAUGAUGGCAAACGAUGAUGUAUUAUUCAUCGUUGAUGUGAAAACGGCUGAUAGCGGUGUUUAUUCUUGCACCGCACAAAAUCUGGCUGGUGUUAUUGUCGCAAAUGCUACACUCACUAUAUUAGAAACUCCGUCAUUCGUUAAACCGAUGGAAAACAAGGAAAUAAUGGUCGGUGGUUCAAUCGUAUUGGAAUGCAUGGCGAGCGGCAUGCCCAGGCCAAAGCUGUCCUGGCGUAAAAACGGGAAUCCGUUGCAGGCUACCGAGCGUCACUUCUUUACCGCGGAAGAUCAGUUACUGAUUAUCGUCAAUACUAUAACUAGUGAUGCUGGGAACUACGAGUGUGAAAUGAGCAAUUCGUUAGGUAGCGUUGUCGGUGCCUCCCAUCUGACAGUGAAACCCGCUCCUACUUCUAGUCCCGCCGCAGUAAAUGAAGAUGAUAUACUGGGUUUAAUAAUAAUCACGGUGGUGUGUUGCGCCGUUGGUACGUCUAUUGUAUGGGUAGUUAUAAUUUACCAAACCAGGCGACGUCUAAAUGCUGUCGCACAAGGUGGAAAUGUGCAACCGCCAACAGCUGUGGUGACUACUGCAGUACCGGACACACAGACACAUUUAUACUUGGAAACGAGCUCGCAGCACAGCAAAGACAGCGGUAUGGGAGACAGUACCAAUCCUAGUAGCGAUCAGUUACAAUUGUGUUUGCCUGAGGAAGUCGUGACGUGUGCCACGCAUAAUGAAGAAGAAGCGGGAGCAGUGAAUAGUGGCGCUCCGUUGUUACGAUACACAAACCAUGAACGGCAUGAUCCCGAGAACGAUGACUGCGCGGUGUAAAUGCAGCGAUCUCGGGUACGCGAAACCAUCUCUCGAGUUUCUUGCACGAGUGACGUGACUUAUUUUAUAGCGUUCGGACAAAGAAUAAUUUUUCGAACGAUUGUGGCGACCGGUCAGGAUAUCAAAGGGUAGACAUGGUAGACAUUCGUCCCGCAAGUUUGGAUGGAGAUACAUCGUCUACGAUCAAAUAAUUUCCCGAUCAUUGCGUAAUAUAGUAUUUAUUACCAUACUUACCAUUCAUUAAUUGUAUCGCAUACCGCACGAAUAUCGGUAAGUACAAGUGAUAAGAGAGAAAGGCACGUGUCAUUGUCGUAUUUAUUAUCGAAACGAAUGUCGAGAGUGCGCAAGCGUAAAUAUGAAAGUACUGUUUGCUUAUCAAGCACAGCUAAUAGAAUUAGUAUAUAUACACUUAAACAAGAAACGGAGGAUUGGCUUCCUCCGUUUGUACAUAUUUUUCACAAAAUAUAGGCCUGGAUGUUAUCUCAGGAUCGUGGCCAUCAGUUGUAUAGCGGGUUAAUCCAUCAGCUAUAAUCAAACAAAUGAUUCUUAAAAUAUUUCCCGUUAACAUUUUGAUACUGUCUUGUUCUGAGUUUGACAUUUUACUAUCAGUUGUGCUUGGUAGAGCAAUAUAUUGCGGAUAAGUUGUAAAUACUUAGAAUAAGGAUUCGUCGUAAUUCGUUGAUUCAAAGAACAAAAGCAACCGAAUACGAAAUGACAAACAGAAUUAAGUCUUACGCUGCAUGAGCCACUUAUUGUUAUAGACCAGUCUUUUGUGAUAGAUAUUUAUUUUAGGUUUAUGUGAAGCUAUUAGACGGUUAUAUUUAUAAUGCCCAACGAUGUGUAUUUGUUUACAGAAAAAGAGAAAAAUAGGAAGGAAAACGAAGUAACAAAAAAAGAGAAAUACAUACACACACGCCUCUACGCACACUAAAUAUUAUUAUACAUUUUUAUCGAACACGUAAAUAUAUACGCAUAUGUGUAUAUACGGACCUGUAUGUACAUUCAUUUGCACCAAAGUGCUCAUAGUACACGCGUCGCGAUUUGUCUUCCCCAUUAUUUUUUACGUGUAGCCGGAUCAUUAAUGCCAUUUCAGACAAGUGGGCCGGAGUAGUUUUCAUUCGUGGUAGAUGAUUGCUUAUUUUUACCGGUAGCUGCCGAUCUCUAAAUUCGAGUAAAUGUCUAAUUAUUAUCAGCUUUCAUCGACGACUUUACCUUUAGUAUUACUUUUGCUACACUUUUCUAAGUAGUUGAUGAUUGAAAAUCUAAUACAAAAACCUCAGAAACGUAAUCAUGGGCUGGUGGUUUUGAGACGAAAUAGCUAAUAGUAAAUGGUACUAUUUUACCUAUCCAAAAUUCAAAUAACUCAUACUUGACAAUAUUUUAAUAGACGGCAUUAAUGAUCAUAAUUAUCAUUGUGAGACAAAGCCUCAUCUUCGAAUCUAUCGCAGCGUGCGAGAGACCCGCAGACUAUUAGUUAUCGAUACGGUAAUCUGUAAGGAUAUAAGAGUCAUAUAUAAAAUGAUACAAAGGUGUAGUAAGAAGGCGUACAUGGCGAGUCAUAAGGAUUUUUAAAAGUGAAAGGACAAGUCACCACAUAAACUCUUACAGAUGAGAUAACUGCUCGAAUUUCAUCAUUAUUAGGAUGGAAACAAUGUUCUUUUGACUUCGGUAUUUCAAAUGCAUCUACAUCUUUCAGUUUCAGUUUAAGCGUUCCAUUGAGAGGAUCAACAGAGUUUCUCUUCAAUUUCUCCACAAGAGUCAAUUGCUGAGCUCGGUCCAUUACGUUAAUAAAAAUCUCUAAUAAUGCUGCAAAAGAUUAAUUAAAAGUUUCCCGAUAGAUAAAGAGAAGCUCUGUUUUUAAACAAAUAUAUGUGUAGCUUGUCCUCAAAGUUUCUUUAAGUAUGUUACUCCCGUUUUUUCAUGAGAAAAAUAGCGUAUCGAUACUUCGGUUGCUUCGUGACCGUUCUUCGCAAGACGCUUUAUCGUUUGAGAACGAACAGUGUACAGUAACGCUUCGAAAAAUUGAAAUUCCAGCGUUCUAUCGAGCAAUGAAGAAUCACCAACCAUUCUGUAAUUCAGAAAACAGCUGAACCGCUAAUUCGGAAUUUCUCUAAUGUUUCAAAAUGUUAUUAUAUACUGUGAUUUAGUGUUUUUUUUAUCGUUCGGGAUAACAUACAUACCAUCUAACUUGAAACGGUGCACAUCACUUACAUCGAGACACGCCUUUGUAAAUGUGUGAAGUUUCAUGUCCUAACGUUAUCCGACCAUGAGGCAGCAGACAAACGUAGAAAUGUAGAGAAUAAGGACAAUUUAAAAAUGCAUUUUGAUGGAAAUGGAAUUCUCGUGUCACCAUAGUGUGUCCGUAAUUUCCCCGCGAACUUAUAAUUACGGCAGAUACGGUGUUUUGUCAGUGUAUGUACGAGUAGUGUGUGUAACGAAGUUACACUUAAUGAUUAAGCGAGUGAGCGUUAGAUUGCCGAUCGCGGUAUUGUAAGACUUUCUUUCUGUAACGGAUAUUAUUUCUGUGACUUUCGAAUUAAUUUGUGAUAUUUUUCUUUUGUCCCGUGUAUAGAGACGAGAACAUGUGCCGCGGAAAGCAUUGAACGGGGAAGCACAAAUCUUCGAGCCUGAGAACGUUUCACGCUCGAUAAAUAGCGUAACUAGAGACUCGGAUUCAUUGAACAUUGUCACGUCUUCAUCGAGAAAUAUUAAGCGACGUUAAUAAGGAAAAAGAGUACACUUUACGUAUGUUGUUUGUUCAAUUUAAUAUUAGAGCAAAGGACACCGGGACGAGGGCGUAUCUGAUCACGUGACAAGUUUCAUUGGUUCUCCUUUAUCAAGCAGAACUAUUAACUGCCAGCGAUUUUUAUCUUAAAAUAAUGAUCUUACGAUGAAACGUAACAGAAAUUUUGAUAUUUCCACUGGUUUAGAAUUUAAAUAGAAAUCAAGCCUUAAAGAGAUUAAGGGUAUUAAGAACUGUAUCCGCUCUGAUCGUAAAUUGAAUAACCAAUAUAUAUAAUAUAUAUAUAUUUUUCUAGGCCUUGUAUUUUGAGAAUUCCAUAAAGGCGAUGCGAAAUGUAACAAAUGUUGCCGUUUUCGAUCGCAGUUUUCAACUUUCUUCCCAUACUCGAUUAACACGUUGACACCGGAAUUAAUCAGGUUGUCCGAUUCAAAUGAACCGUAAUAUUUCAAUUAUUUAGGCGUAACAUAAAUUAAGUAUCAUAAUUAAACCUCGGAAAGAUAAAUGUAUAAAGUAUGACAAAACGUAUCAAUAAUUUCAUGUAAUACUUUACCAUUGUAUACUUUGCACCGCGAUGAUUUUUCCAUUAAGAGUCGCGAAGUAAAAGAGGAAUACAAAAAUGCGACUGUAAGCGCGUCGAAUGUUGUUUAAAACAAGUCGGAAAUUCGUUGAGAAAUCAUUAUGCCUUGAACUUUAAUAGGUUCAACGACAUUUUUUCUCGGCGAUUAUUCAGUGAUGCGUCUGGUCACUUAAUCCGUAAUCGCAAUUCUUGUGAUUAGACCUCGCGUACAAAUACAUAUAUCCAUCCUUGAAGGGUAUCGGCGCGUUGUCCCGUACCAGGAAACAAUAUAGCGAUAUCGCGAGACGAGAAUCACGAGAUUAACGAAACGAAGGACUAGCGAAACAUAAAUGCGUUCGUCGAGUGACGAAAAACUUUCGAAUGCGUGUGGAAGAUCGCGUAACGACUUACCAAUGACAAGUAUUAAAUCAUAUUGCCAAUAAAUAGAGGAUCUAUCGCGAAAACGUUGAUCAGCUCGUGCCCGUGUGAUACACCAAAUAAGGUAUCCCCGUUUAAUUCAGUAUUUUUCCUUGUUGUUACAUGAUAUUGUAAACAAAUAUAAAUAAUCAUUC